CGGUGCACGGGCUGGGCAGCCGACCCGGCUGCGGCGGCGUGUCCAGGCCGUUGACGAUGGGGCCGAGCUACGGGGACGUGCCGUUUUCUGGCGUGCUGACAUUGUAUUCCAACGAAGCUAUAGCCACGAGAAAAGGGGCAAUAGCCCAGACAGCAGCUUAGAACCGCAUAGCUGUGAUUAUCUCUAGCCUGGCAAAUUCUGCCAAGCUUGGCCUAAAGUCUGUGAUGAAGCAUCGUUGUGAGAACGGCGUUCUGGUCUUCUAAUUAUAUACCUCUCCAAACACAAAGCCCACUGCAGUCGUGAGGAUCAAUACGAGAAGAACAUCGCAGUCUUUAUCUCCGAUGGCCCUUUAUUACGCCCUAGCACUCUAUCAACUAACACCCAGUGCUAUAUUAGGCCCCGUGUUCUGGAACCGCAUCUUCCCACGCAGGCCCAAUCUCGCUAGCGUCACGGCGAGAUCUGUGGAUAAUUGCUGUGGGCCAAGGCAGACUGCCAUUGUUCUCCGCUUCUACAGUGCGGAGGCUGUGCCGCGCGCCGUCAAUAACUACUCGGAUAUAUUGCGCCCUAUUCUCCACCUAAUAUACUGCCUGGCGGGAGCGUCGGAGUAACCAGAUUGUAGGAUCCUCGUUAAUUAAUUACUUGCAGCCGGUUCGCUGCGGGCAACGAGCUUGAAUGGAGACUCAGAACAGAAGUUGUGUUGUCCGUUAAACACGCCGGCCCUGCCUUCUCGUGUUCCAUUUUCGCGGUGGCGUGAUGUGCU